CAAAGAAAUUAUUUUGUUUUAACCAUGCAAAGAACAUAUUACAUAGGGUAUCAUGAGAUCUCGCGUGGCCCUGGACUUUGACAACAUGUAAACACUUGCCCUGUUAGGAAAGCGUUCGACUGUCAAUUUCUUGGCUGGAGUCGUUUUAUUGGGUGAAAUGGGUUGACUAAAAUUGACUGGUUUUUAUGUGGAUUACUGUCUGUAGAUGAAGCGAAAGGUGGAAUUUGUGGAGCCAGUUUAAAUGAGAAUGUUACAAACUGUAGACUCCACAAAGUGAUCAGUCAACAGAAUGUUGCUCAGCCGCUACAUGCCAGUUUUGUACAUGCAGUACUUCCUACUACUUGUGGACUUGUUCAUGAAUUCAUUUGUGGAGCUGUUGAGAUUUGAAAAUGUCAUCCUUCUGGUUUUGUUUGUCAUUCAGGAUGUAUGUAUAAUAUUUGCAGUCAUAGUGGUUUUCCUUCUCUUCUUCAACACCUACAUCUUCCAAGCUGGGCUUGUUGGCAUUCUCAUCAACAAGUUUAAGACAACAAUUAGUGUGGUCUUUGUUUACUUCGCACUCUGCCUAGCUCUUCACAUCUGGGGUACAACACAAAGGUGGGAAAACCCUAACAUGUUUAUGUGGGAUAACCCAGGAUACAGAGCAUUGUUCAUCAUACAGAGGACAGCAUCAGUGUUCUACUACUAUUUUUACAAAAGAACAGCAUUAAAAUUAGGGGACCCCAGAUAUUACCAAGACUCCAGCUGGAUCAGAAGGGAGUUUGAGAAGAGAAGAUAAUCAACCAAGCAGCUAUCUUGCUGCACAAUCUAAUUUUUGAUCUGAUCUUACAUGUAAGAAACUGUUGGAGAUCUGUUGACUAGAUGGAAUUGUGACUUAAAUUCUGUUCAACAUUUAGUCUUUCAAACAGCUCCCUUAUAUUUAUCUGUGUUAGAAUUGAACAGAAGAUAAGUACAUACAUGUGCGCACAUCGUUAUAUACUAGAUCUGUGGCCUACUUGGCCGAGUGGUUAGUGCGCCAGUUGGGUGUGAUGAUGCAGGAACCUCUCACACAUGCGGUUACUGUGAGUUCGAGUUCAGCUCAUGCCAACUUUCCGUCUGAUCGUAUGUGGGAAGGCCUGCCAGGAACCAGCGGAUAGUCGUGGGUUUCCCAGUUUCCUCUCACCAUAAUGCUGGCUGUCGUCAUAUAAGUGAAAUAUUGUUGAGUACAACGUAAAGCACUAAUCAAAUAAAGAAUUUUGUUGUAUGUUUAUUUUAGGUAUUUGAUUAAAUUGUCAAAACUCAGAUAGGACUCAAAUGAAAUUUUUAAACUUAACAUAGUGAUUUCCUCACUCUUAACCAGUUCACUUUUUGUUUACAUUUUAUUGUUUAUUUUAUGACCGUGGUAUUAAGGGCUCAGAAGGGCCUUCCUCGAGCCUCUCACCAAUGGUGUCAUUGUAAGAUCAAGUCCAGCUCAUGCUAGAUUCCUCAGCACCUGUACAUGGAAAGUUUUGUGGAUGGUCGUGGGUUCCCCCUGGUUUCUUCCCACCGUAAUGCUGGACACCGCCGUAUAAGUAAAAUAUUUUUGAGUGUGGCGUAAAACAGCAAUGAAAUAGAUGAACACAUAUUAAAGUUCUCAGUAACCUAGGUCCAGCUUUGAAACAAAAUACAAAGUUAUGAAUACCAUAGUGAUGCUAUAGAUACAGUAGUGAUUUCUGCAGUACAUUAUAAUACGUGCACUAUCUAUAAAACUGGAGCUAGAAGUGUGGAUGUGCGUUUAGUUGACAUUUUAAUUGCAGGAGGUUGAAGUUUUUUUUUAAACCACAAAUUACUACUAAGUGCAUUGUUGUAUGUUAGUCAGUGUUUUGCUUAUCUAAAGUAAUACAUUCUUUCUGUAUAGAUUUUGGUACAAGAUUGGACUUUCCUGCUGUUGUUAAAAAAUAUGUCAUCCAUGUAUCACACAAUAUGUCUUAUCCGUCCAAGUAUUUCUCCCUUACAUGCCAAACAAAAGGAAAUUAUACUUAAAUGAGAAUUGUCUUUUUAGUAUACUAUAGAAUAAGAUCCAGUUUCUGUGAACAAAGUUUUAAUACAUCACUUUUAAAGGCAGUACUUUGCCACUAAGGUCUCAUUUGGUGCCAACACAUGUACUUAGCUUAAACUGCAAGUUCAUGCCCAUCAGAGUGCCAUGAUGCCAUUUGCUUUUAAACUGGUGCCACUCUAGAUGAAUUUAUUUUCAUUAUUGUCACAGCUUCUGGAAAUUAUUUCAGAAAAAGAAAAUAAAAUCUGCAGCUUACAUUUCAAGUA